GCUCCAAGAAGACUCUGCAGACCUUGAGAGCACUGUACCACCAGGGCUGCAGGAAGAUGAAAUCAGACUGGAGUUAGCUAGUGCCUCUUUGAUGAGCAAACCACUCCUCUUCACUCCCAAGCACCCCAUGCAGAUCCCCAAUGGGGUAGCUCUUAGGGUCUGCCGAAGCAGGGUUCCCCUGCAGUGGUACUGUGGAGAUAGUGUUUAGGAAAAUCAGGAAUUACCCAUAACCAAUGUCUUUCUUAAGGUAUAUUUUAAGGACACAAAAUGGAGCAGAAGAACCUCACUGCCACAGUGACAGAAUUUGUCCUCUUGGGCCUCACCCAAAGUCCUGAGCUGCAGCGAUUCCUCUUCAUCAUCUUUUCCAUAGUCUACCUGACAACCUGGCUGGGUAACUUCAUCAUCAUCACCACUGUGAUCUCCAACCACCGACUUCACACCCCGAUGUACUUCCUGCUGGCCAACCUAGCUUUCAUAGAUAUUAGUGAUUCUACAGUCAGUGUGCCGAACAUGCUGUUGGGUCUCCUCUCCCAGCACAAAACCAUCUCAUACAAUGAGUGCAUCCUCCAGAUGUUCUUCUUCCACUUCAUUGCUGGUGCUAUGGUCUUUUUACUUGUAGUGAUGGCUGCUGAUAGGUACGUGGCCAUCCAUAAACCAUUGCAAUACUUGACUAUUAUGAACCGGGGUGUGUGUGUGGGGUUAGUGGCAGGCACAUGGCUGGGAGGAUUGGCUCACUCUGCUGUUCAGAUUGGACUGGUCCUCCAGUUACCGUUCUGUAGGUCAAAUGUCCUGGACAAUUUCUACUGUGAUAUCCCACAAGUUGUCAAACUGGCCUGCACCGACACCUACCUGUUUGAGUUGCUUAUGGUCUCCCAAAGUGGAGUACUUGCCAUAAUUAUCUUCAUUCUCCUGCUCAUUUCAUACACUAUCAUCUUAGUCAAGAUAAGGACACAUCUCAAGGAAGGGAAGCGCAAGGCUCUCUCCACCUGCGGAACGCAGAUCAUGGUUUUGUGUUUAAUAUUCAUACCCUUCAUAUUCAUCUACGCUCGACCCUUCCGGAAGUUCCCCAUAGACAAGGUGGUCUCUGUCCUUUACACUGUAAUCACCCCAAUGCUGAACCCUAUAAUCUACACACUGAGGAACACCGAGAUGAAGAAGGCUAUCAGGAGACUGAUGAGCAGAAUUCUCUUCUCAGGGAGGGAAAUGAAGACGUAA